AUGAUGACGACGAAUGAAAAAGGAGCAAAGCUCCUCGUCCUUCUGCUUUUUGUCCCAUGGAUUUCUGCGCAAGACUCAACAGAUCCAACUACAGUAACCCAAGAAAUUCCAACGGAGCCAACUACAAAAACUCCAUCUCCACCGUCGCCACCGGCGAAAUUGGGGCAAUAUAAUUUCGAAGGACCCCUUACUGAUAUUCAUGGGUCCUACAGUCUCCGCGUCACGACACAAAUCUACUUGUGCGCGGUUAAACAGAAGACGUAUGAUGGACAGAACAAAUUUGAUGAAUUCGAUUGUGACAAUUCUUAUGUCAAGUUAUAUCCUCAUAUUCGGAAGAUUCUUUUCAAACCCGACGCCGCUACACCUGAAACUGAGGCGUUCUACGUGGAGCCGGCCCUACAAUUCCAGAGAACUCCCGAGGAAAAAUUCCAGAUUCGAGUUUUGAACGAAGAGCCCAGAAAUCAUGAAUCUUGGAAGGCAAUUCUAGCGGAUUCUUCAAAAUAUCAGGAUUUGAUUUGGGAUUUGACUGGAAAAGAGUUGCUCAUUUUGACCAAUAGCCGAAUGUGCGAGAUCAACAAGCCAGGAAUCGGCGACUUUUUGCCAAUUUUCGACUACGAAAAUUCGAAAUCGGUGGCCGACGAAAAAUGGCCAAAAUGGUUGCCAAAUGACGCGCAGAAUGGAGCAAUUCCCACUUACAGUAUGGCAUCGACAGGUGGCUCUAACAAAACUACGGAUCUUUUGGAUUACCUCAAAACGUUGAAAGUGCAAGCGAAUAAACUGCAAAACGUCGAGCAACACUGCUCGAAUUAUGAGAAAGUUGGCGUUUUUGGAGCUCGUAAACCCGUUUAUGAGCAUUCACCGUACAUUUCCACAGCUUCCUAUGGUCUAUUCCAACCAUCGAUGGUUGUGACCAGCGGAUAUGUUCAGAAAUUGGAGUUUGGGCUGAGUAAUUGCCAAUGGAUUCGUUUCUGGGCAACUGAGGACAGUGUCACAAUGGCUGACUAUGCCGCCAACAUGAAACCCGAGCACACUUUGGAUAUUUUCAUACAAGAAGGAUUCUAUCUUCCACCAGAUUCAGAUGAGGCACUUCCACUUCCAGAUGCUCAGCUCAUGAACAAAAUCAAAUUAUCGAUUUUCAGCGAUGGCGAUCCAACGAAAAUGGAUGAUCAUGAAUUGAUCGAAUUCGCGUUUGGAAAUGUCAAUGAGAAGUACUUGUUCCAUCAAUUUUUCAAAUCCAAGGAGUUUGGAAAAAAGAACUUCCGACUUCAUAUGAUUCGUUCGCCGAGAUGCGAAUCGAAUAUUGUUAUUGACGACGUAUAUCGUGAUAACGGACACCAGAAACUUCCAAAUAUCAAGGGUGUGCGAGAUUGCUCAUAUUCGUACAUGAUCUGA